UAAAUAGUGGCGAACAGUCAUGAAAAGUGGCGAAUAGUGACGAAUAGUCGUCAAUGGCCGUGUUUUCACGAGCGAUUUUUCAGGUAGCUUAGCGAGUGACAACCGGAAUCCUCGUGCAAACAGUUGGCUGUCCGGCUUGCUUAAAGUUAAGCGAGUUGGCAAACUUCAGUGAAAGUUCCAUUAAAUUUAAGCCACCAAACCAAGUCGCUUAAGUAUGUCGUCAAUUAAUUUCGGCCAAUCAAUUUUGCCUGCGGUUAAACAACUGAUGAACUUGUCAGAUAAGAGGUUAACAUAAUUUGCAUUUCGUGCGAAUAAGCUUUUGUAUGCAAAACGUAAUGGUGCAUCCAUUUCAUAAUUUCAGUUUUAAUUUUCCACUCUUCAAAUCAAAGGUGGGUAGCUUUUCAGUUGGUUGUUGAUUUUGUCACUGCAAAUGCAAAAGACUGAGUUUCGAGCUAAGAAAGUACUUAUUUGACUUGGGUCUCCAUUCGUGGUCUGCAUCGCACGGCCCGCUGAUUUUUCCAACUCGGCAGCCUGCUCAGCGAGACGCUCUCCCUCCAUGGCAGCAAGAUUGGCGAGUGCAAUCCCCAGCAAUCCAAGUUAUGAGCCAAGAAGGCAAGAGUGGAAUUAGCGAGGGAUCCAACAGCAAGGUCAGGUCACCGAACUGGACAGAUGCAGAAGUACGCUUACUGAUAUCUGUGUGGAAGGACUAUUUUCCUAUCAGUAAGCGGCAAACCUCCAUUAUUUGGGAACGUAUCUCAAAGCAGUUAAAUCAGCUGCUUGCAGAGCAAAAUCUUUCCUGUAUUCAUACUGCACAGCAAUGCAAAGCAAAGAUUAAGAAUUUGGGAGAUGAUUAUAAAAGGGUCAAGGAUCACAAUAACAAAAGCGGGAACGAGCGCAUAACCUUCCCAUACUUUGAUGACCUCAACGAUGUUCUCGGCUGUAAACCAAGAAUAACGCCUAAGAAAGUUGCCGAAUGUGGGUUUGACGAGCAAUCCAGUCCUUGUGCCUCUUCAUCGUCUUGCCCCAGUACGCUUUCAAGUACUGAAACGGGUGACCCCAAUUUGGAAGAACUUAAAAACCAGGAAGAUCUUUCGUUUUCUGAAUCAUUAUUCUUUAAACAAAAGCUGGGCAGUAAAAGA